CUUAUAGACUCCACGCAUAUAGAGAAUGUGGAGGCUGUGCAGCGGCUCCAGGACUCUCUCCAUGAGGCCUUGCAGGACUUAGAAGGUGCCCACAACACGGAGGACCCUCGGCGGACAGGAAAGCUGCUGAUGACCCUUCCCUUGCUCCGUCAGACCGCCGCCAAGGCCGUGCAGCACUUCUACAGCAUCAAGGUGCAGGGAAAAGUGCCCAUGCACAAACUCUUCCUGGAGAUGCUGGAGGCCAAGGCUUGAUAAUUGGGCGGGGAGGUUUGAAUGACAGCUGCAUCGCCCAAUGAGGAUGAAGGACAGCCCCUGAAUAGGAGGGGUGAUGCCACGGAGAACCUAUGACAGUGACAUUAUAACGCUGAUAGUUGUUUCUAUGGAACAAAAUUAAUGAGGAAUAGAGGGAAACAAGACAAACUGAUUUUAAGGGUGAAUAUAAAGAUGCUGUGGGAUAUAGUCAUGUAUAUAAAGAUGCUGUGUACAGAACUGCUGUUAUAAUCAGAGACUCUUCGGUCUAGAUCACCUGUAACUACUAAGAGGUUUGGUUUCACCUUGUGAAUAGGAGUGGUAUGAUCUGAUCAAUCUGAUUGGUUAGAUCCACUCAAGUAUCUGAUCAAUCUGAUUGGUUAGAGCUACUCAAGUAUCUGAUCAAUCUGAUUGGUUAGAGCUACUCAAGUAUCUGAUCAAUCUGAUUGGUUAGAGCUACUCAAGUAUCUGAUCAAUCUGAUUGGUUAGAGCUACUCAAGUAUCUGAUCAAUCUGAUUGUUUAGAGCUACUCAAGUAUCUGAUCAAUCUGAUUGGUUAGAGCUACUCAAGUAUCUGAUCAAUCUGAUUGGUUAGAGCUACUCAAGUAUCUGAUCAAUCUGAUUGGUUAGAGCUACUCAAGUAUCUGAUCAAUCUGAUUGGUUAGAGCUACUCAAGUAUCUGAUCAAUCUGAUUGGUUAGUGCUACUCAAGUAUCUGAUCAAUCUGAUUGGUUAGAGCUACUCAAGUAUCUGAUCAAUCUGAUUGGUUAGUGCUACUCAAGUAUGAUUUUUUGUUCUCUUUUUUUAUUUUUAUGUCAGUUGUAUAACAUUAUAUUCUGGUAUAUAUCCCAGUCAACAGUUUAGACACACCUGCUCAUUUAAGGGUCUUUCUUUUUCGUUGUUGCUGUUUUCUACAUUGUAGAAUAACAGUGAAGACAUCACAACUAUUAAAUAACAGAUAUGGAAUCAUG